CAGUGCCGUCAGUGACACAGCGGUCAGUGUAGCACUCACGUUCCCAGCGCGUAGGUGCGCUCGAUCUUGCCUUGCGUAGUUGUUAGUCGAUACAUCCGUGAGUGUUGUGUCCUGCCGGCUCUCCUUCAUCCGUGCUUGGUUUUUGGGAAUGUGUGGUCCAAGUUAACUGAAGUAUUAUAGGAAUAAAUUCAAGAUGACGAUAAAUAGAAUGUCUCGAGCCGUUCGCGGCCAGUUCAAGAACCAGUUCAUCUCCUUGUCACUCGCCAAAUCAAACUUUUCAACCAGUGUAGAAUAUAAACCAAUCCGAAGUGUCCUAGUAGCUAAUAGAGGUGAAAUUGCCAUUCGUGUAUUCCGUGCUUGCAAUGAGUUGGGUAUCAAGUCAGUCGCUAUUUACUCAGAACAGGAUAAGAUGCACAUGCAUCGACAGAAGGCCGACGAAUCCUACCUCGUCGGAAAAGGCUUACCUCCUGUACAAGCCUACCUGAACAUUCCCGAAAUUAUCCGAGUAGCCAAGGAAAAUGAUGUAGAUGCCAUUCAUCCAGGUUACGGUUUCCUGUCAGAGAGGUCAGACUUUGCACAAGCUGUGAUCGAUGCUGGAAUUAGAUUCAUCGGUCCAUCUCCUCAUGUCGUCCAGCAGAUGGGAGAUAAAGUCGCUGCCAGACAAGCAGCCAUCGACAGUGGUGUUCCUAUUGUUCCAGGUACACCUGGACCAGUCACGACAACAGAUGAAGCCAUGCAAUUUUGUCUGAAGCAUGGGCUUCCAGUCAUUUUCAAAGCAGCCUAUGGAGGUGGUGGUAGAGGAAUGCGUGUCGUUAGGAAAAUGGAGGAAGUAGAGGAAUCAUUCCGCCGCGCAAGUUCAGAAGCUGCAGCUGCGUUUGGUGAUGGUGCCAUGUUUAUCGAAAAGUUCAUCGAACGACCAAGACACAUUGAGGUUCAACUUCUAGGAGAUAAAGCAGGAAAUGUAGUUCAUCUGUAUGAAAGAGAUUGCUCAGUCCAAAGGCGGCAUCAAAAAGUUGUUGAAAUAGCACCUGCACCUCAUCUAGACCCUAAGGUGCGCCAGAAGAUGACUGAUCUCGCCGUACAACUAGCCAAACAUGUAGGAUACUCUAAUGCUGGAACAGUUGAAUUCCUUGCAGACGAGGGAGGAAAUUUCUAUUUCAUUGAAGUGAAUGCUAGGUUACAAGUAGAACACACUGUCACAGAGGAAAUUACUGGUAUUGAUUUAGUACAGUCUCAAAUCAAAAUCGCCGAAGGAAUUACUCUCCCUGAAUUAGGAUUAAAACAAGAAAACAUCAAACCACAAGGAUAUGCCAUUCAGUGUCGUGUCACAACUGAAGAUCCUGCCAAGAAUUUCCAACCAGAUACUGGUCGAAUUGAGGUUUUCAGAAGCGGUGAAGGUAUGGGAAUCCGUCUAGAUGGAGCGUCUGCCUUCGCUGGUGCUAUUAUUUCCCCAUACUAUGACUCCCUCCUAGUCAAGGUUAUUGCUCAUGCUGGUGAUUUACAAGCAUCAUGUGCAAAAAUGAACCGUGCUCUACGAGAAUUUCGUGUUAGAGGUGUAAAGACAAACAUUCCAUUUUUGUUGAACGUAUUAGAAAACCAAAAAUUCAUCAACGGAGCAGUGGAUACUUAUUUUAUUGAUGAAAAUCCUCAACUAUUCUACCUGCAACCAACACGCAAUCGUGCCCAGAAAUUACUCAAUUACUUAGGUUCUGUUCUAGUCAAUGGCCCUUCAACGCCACUUGCCACCAACUUGAAGCCAGCAGAGGUCAACCCAUUAGUUCCAGAAACCCCUGCUGGUCCUGAUCCACAAGCGCCUUUUUAUAUGCGGAAAAGUGCUGAGCCUCCAAAAGGACUCCGUCAUAUCCUGAAAUCUGAGGGUCCAGAGGCUUUUGCUAAGGCCGUCCGCCAAAACAAACAGUUGAUGCUAAUGGACACAACAUUCCGUGAUGCUCACCAGUCUCUUCUUGCCACCAGAGUUCGAUCAAGAGACAUCCUUCGUAUUUCACCAUUCGUAGCGCACAAUUUCAAUAAUCUCUACUCAUUAGAAAACUGGGGUGGUGCCACCUUUGAUGUAGCAUUAAGAUUCUUACACGAAUGUCCUUGGGAACGUUUAGAGGACAUGAGGAAAGCAAUUCCAAAUAUUCCAUUCCAAAUGUUGCUCAGAGGAGCAAAUGCCGUUGGUUAUACCAACUAUCCUGACAACGUGGUGUACAAGUUCUGUGAACUUUCAGUUCAAACUGGUAUGGAUAUCUUCCGAGUGUUUGACUCCCUGAAUUAUCUCCCCAACUUAAUAUUAGGAAUGGAAGCUGCCGGCAAGGCUGGUGGGGUUGUUGAAGCGGCAAUUUCUUACACUGGAGAUGUCUCUGAUCCUACUCGUACAAAAUAUGAUCUCAAAUAUUAUCAGAAUUUAGCAAACGAAUUGGUGAAAGCUGGAACUCAUGUUCUUUGUAUCAAAGAUAUGGCUGGACUCCUAAAGCCCAGAGCAGCUUCACUUCUGAUUGGAGCCAUAAGAGAGAAACACCCUGAUGUACCAAUCCAUAUCCAUACUCAUGAUACUAGUGGAGCUGGAGUAGCCUCUAUGCUAGCCUGUGCCGAAGCAGGUGCGGAUGUCGUAGAUGUUGCUGUUGACUCCAUGUCUGGAAUGACGUCACAACCUUCCAUGGGAGCUGUUGUUGCCUCUCUGCAAGGAUCUCCAAUUGAUACAGGCUUGAAACUGACUGACGUCUCUGCAUACAGUGCAUACUGGGAACAGGCUAGGACCCUAUAUGCACCCUUCGAGUGUACGGUUACAAUGAAGUCCGGAAAUGCAGAUGUAUACCUCAAUGAAAUUCCCGGAGGACAAUACACAAACUUACAAUUCCAAGCAUACUCCCUUGGACUUGGCGACUUCUUUGAGGAUGUUAAGAAAGCAUACAGAGAAGCUAACCUACUAUUGGGUGAUAUUAUCAAGGUCACACCUUCCUCCAAGGUCGUUGGCGAUUUUGCUCAGUUUAUGGUACAAAACAAACUAACUGCUGAUGAUGUCCUGAGCAAGGCGGAAGAAUUGAGCUUCCCAAAAUCAGUUGUUGAGUUCUUGCAAGGAUCAAUUGGAGAGCCCUAUGGAGGAUUCCCGGAGCCCCUACGCUCUAAAGUCCUGAAGGAUAUGCCCAGAGUUUCAGGAAGACCCGGUGCCAGCCUGCCUAACUUCGAUUUCGAUAAGCUCAAAACCGAACUUAAAGAACGUCACCCAUACUCUUCAGACAGAGACGUAAUGAGUGCAGCCCUAUACCCAACCGUCACAGAGGACUACCUGAACUUCCGUGAAGAUUUCGGACCUGUUGAUAAAUUAGACACAAGAAUUUUCUUAACUGGACCAAAGGUUGGUGAAGAAUUCGAGGUGACAAUCGAGAAAGGAAAGACCCUAGGUAUCAAAGCAUUAGCUAUUGCUGAAGAUUUGACCCCGAACGGAGAACGAGAGGUCUUCUUUGAAAUGAAUGGUCAACUUCGAUCCGUAUUCAUCAAGGACAAGGAAGCCGUCAAGGAGAUGCACAUUCAUCCAAAAGCAGCCAAGGGAGUGAAGGGACAAGUUGGUGCUCCAAUGCCUGGAUCUGUUAUGGAAAUUAAGGUGAAACCAGGAGACAAAGUUGAAAAAGGAGCUGCCCUAGUCGUCCUCUCCGCCAUGAAGAUGGAGAUGGUUGUUCAGGCACCGGUCGCUGGUGUGGUUAAAUCUAUUGAUAUCAAUGUUGGCAUGAGAUUAGAAGGAGACGAUCUAUUACUAACAAUUGAGGAAUAAAAAGUUCACUUGUUAAACAAAAUUUCAAAUCUUCCUGAGUAAUGCAAACUGUACAAAACCGUUACAUUGCUGAUGUUUUAUGCCUUAUUUUAAAUGGAUCAUUGUUUUUUCUGUCUUGAGUAAAGACCGCUCCAUUACAAGAAACGAUCCCUCAGGAGUGUGAAUUUUUCAUGUUAUAAAUUUUGUAAAUAUUAUUACUUAUAUAUUCUCAGAAUCAAGUUAUUUGAUUGAUGUCAAACUCAAAUUUUUAAAUUUUUAUUAAUGUUGAUAUUGAAGUUGUGUAGUAAUAUUUUGUAUUUUUGCUAUGAUCUGCAGUUUCAUCAUUAUGAAUGAUGGAAGUUUUUAUACUAGUUAACUGUAAGUCUGAUGUCAUAAUUUAUAAAUGUUUUUAACAAGUUACUCUAAAAUUAGGGCUGUGCGAGUACUCGAAUUUCGAGUCGAGUCGAGCCGAGUAUCGAGUACUCGACUCGGCUCGAAAGUUACGUUAGGUUCGAGCGAGUACUCGAACUCGGCUCGAGUGUCAACAACACGAGUUUUUUCGAGUAUUUCGAGUUUUUUUGAGCCGGAAACGCCGAAAGAGUCCAACUUCCAAACAUUUCAAUCAUACUUAAACUAUUGUUAGUUUUGCCAUCAUUUUACGAUUGAAUAACAUCAGAGUCUCGUCGGCAAAUUUCUACCAUCCGCAGCGCCAACACCGAACACGCUACCGCCCGGCGAUUUCCUGCCGCGCGCGCGGUUUGUAACUACACGGAGUCAUAUGAGCGCAUUUAUGCGCGCGACAAAUUUCAACCUGCGGCGGCGACCGCCGCUUGGAAAACUGAAAGUGAGCACGUGUUUUGGACCUUUUGCGCUCCAGAAAAACGGUGUCGCGGCGGCAGAAAAAAGGUGCUGCGGCUACAAAAAUAGGAGUCGCGCGAUUCCAAAAAACGUCGCGGCGACAACUGCCGCCGGCGACACGAAUUGCGUGCAUAAAUGGGCUCUAAAGCCUUUACUUGUGCCGCCCGAAGUUCCUUUCAUGUACGCCGCGCCACGCCGCUUCUUGCCAAGUUUUGUCCUCUUUUCAAAAUUAAACCGCGGGAAGUUAUUUUAACGCGUUACUGCCGAACAUUUUGUAAGUUUAGUGUAAAUCCUUCCUAGUGUGUCAUCGCCAAUAAUUAUUAAUAUCAUAUUAUGAGUCUUGUUUGAAAUUAUUUGUUGUAGAAAAUAGAUUAAAUCACGUUUUAAAACUCGAAAUUACUCGAACUCGACUCGAGCUCGACUCGGCUCGAGGGUCAUUUUCAAAGCUCGAAAAAGCUCGAACUCGGCUCGACUUAGUGAAAAAAUACUCGAACUCGGCUCGAAUCCAAAAAACCAGGCUCGCACAGCCCUAUCUAAAA